AUGCAAUCGAGUGACGUCGAUAUGAACUUUUGCUCUUCUUCAUUAUUACAAAAAACAUCUGAUGAAAAAUAUAUUCAAUCGAAAACAUCGAAUAUAAAAUCCAAACAGAUUUUAUCAGGAUUCAUAAAUAAUCAUUUAGAACGUUCUCGAAAAUUAUCUAGCUCUUAUCAUGUUCGAAAUCGUCAUCGUCGUCGUCAUUGCCGACGUAUUCCAUUAACAUUUGAUAUAAAUCAUAAAUCUAAAGAUUCAAAUGAACUUAAAAAUCAACUAAGUCUGAAUAAUAAUAAAAUUAAUAUUGAGUCACUAAAACCAAUCGAAAAUAUUGAACAAGAAGAAAAUCAUGUCAACAAUUCAGAUGAACAAAUUAAAGCACAACAAGCACAAUUACAGAGAGCUAUUUACAAUGCCAAACAAACACCAUUAAUACCUUUAAUUGUUGAUAUAGAUUAUCGUUCAUUAUUCGAUUUAUCACAACAAGAAUAUGGUCUAUUGAUUAAUAUUCUAAAUUUAUUACGUAACUCUUUAAUCAAUCCUACUACCACAUCAAAUAAUUUUGAUGAUGAAGAAAUAGCUCAACAACAUCAAGAGCAAUUUUUUUAUGAAAAUUUAAGGCAUGCUGAUGAAUCAUCAUCUACAACUAUGACUUCAAUUGAUAUGAGACCACUGGAAGAAAUCGAGGCUGAUGCUGCUUACGCUUUUCAACUUCAAGAAGAAGAAUAUUCAAAAAAUAGUAUCACACCAUUUCUAUCAUAUCAACAAAAUUCAAACGAUAAACACUCUCCAAAUCCUAUUGUCAAUUUUGGUGGUCAAAUCAUGCUUAGUGAUGCAGAAUUAGCAGCACAUUUACAAGCAGAAGAAAAUCAUCAACAACAACAACAACAACAGAGACGUAAUCAACGACGAAUCCCACAGCCAACAACUAAUCGAAAUUACCAAUCUAAUGAAUCUGAGAAUAUAACUAUUCCACCUUUUGCCAGUCCUACAAAUCCUCCUUCAUUUGGUGGAAAUAAUAAUCGUGCUGCUCCUAACGUUUUAUCUUUAAUUCGAACUCUUGCCUCCAGUGGUGUAACAUCUCGUGGUUCUCCUAAUUUUCGUAGUCAUAGAAAUAGAAAUAUUGAAAAUAUUGACGAAGAUUUCGGUCCAAACGAUUAUGAAAAUUUACUUCAACUGGAUGAAUCAGUCAAUAAAAACGCUUUAUCUAGCGAUCAGAUUAAUAGACUUCCAACUGAAAAAUUUCGUCGGUUACCAAAUACAACUACUGAAGAAAAACAAUGUAGUGUUUGUUGGGACGAAUUUGAACCAAAUCAGACAUUACGUCGAUUACCAUGUCUUCAUCGCUACCAUCAAAGUUGUAUAGAUAAUUGGUUAAAAACUAAGAAUUUGUGUCCCGUUUGUCGAACGCCACCCAUUAAAUAA